UUUCAGCUGGCAAAACAAGACCUGCUCAGCGCUGCCCCACAUCCCUGAUCUCCACCCUGACGAGAGGCCGUCACUGCUGCUCGGCCCCGGGAACACCUCAGCACCACCACAGCAAGUAACUAUCAAAGGUGUAGCCUAGUGGAGUAGAGGCCCAGCCAGUCAGUCGCCAGGAUGCAGGUUGAGGACAUAGCCAUGGACGGCUAUCCAGUGCCUGUCCUCGUCCAGUCGGAGGAGACGGGGAACUUUGAGCUUGACGAGGAGGCCCUGGAGGAGGUGCUUCUCAACCCCAGGAUUGCCGACAAGUAUGUGUGUGUCCUGGCGGUGGCCGGGGCGUUCCGCAAGGGCAAGUCCUUCCUCCUCGACUUCCUCCUCAGAUACAUGAGUUCACAGCAAUCUCAGGACUGGUUAGGAGAUGUCCACCAGCCUCUGAAGGGCUUCAAGUGGCGGCAGGGAUCACGGCGGGAGACGACCGGAGUCUUGUUAUGGAGCGAACCUUUCCUCAUCAAGAGAAGAUCAGGUGAAGAGAUUGCAGUAAUAUUGAUGGACACACAAGGCACGUUUGACAUCCAGUCGUCGAUGAAGGACUCCACCACUGUGUUCGCCCUGACCACCAUGGUGGCGUCUGUGCUGGUCUACAACCUCAUGAACAACAUCCAGGAGGACGACCUCAUGAACCUCCAGCUCUUCACCUCCUAUGGCAUGAUGGCGCAGGAGGACUGUGACAACACGCACCCCUUCCAGAGGUUACACUUCCUGGUUCGGGACUGGGGGUUCCCCUAUGAGAUACCUUACGGCCACCAAGGAGGACAGCAGCUCCUGGACGACAUUCUGCAGAUCACGGAGAAGCAGCACCCCGCCCACCAGGAGGUUCGGCGUGACCUUCGGAAGUGCUUCAGGGACAUCAACUGCUACCUGAUGCCUCACCCGGGCUUCAAGGUCAUACAGAAGAAGGACUUUGAUGGCAGACUAAUUGACAUCGAGGAGGAGUUCGUGAAGCACCUGCUGCUGCUGGUGCCGAGGCUGCUGGCGCCGGAGAACCUAGUGAAAAAGGAGAUCGGCGGCCAGCCCAUCAAGGCACGCGACCUUCUCAAGUUCUUCACGCUCUUCAUGGAGGUGUUCAAGGACAAUGACCUGCCCGAGCCAACCACCCUUGUCGAGUUUGCCGCCCAGGCCAGCAGCCAGGCUGCCCUUGAGGCCGGGAAGGAGUGCUACGCAGAGGCCAUGGAGGCCCUGGUGGGGGGCGACCGGCCCUUCCUCAAGACGGCCCAGAUGGAGGCCGAGCACACCAAGCUCAAGGAGAAGGCCAUCCAGACCUACCUGGAGAAAAAUAAGUACGGCCGCAAGAACCAGAGUGUGGUGGAGAAGUACCAGCUGAUGCUUGAGGAGGAAAUCGAGAAGAUGUACACCAAGUACUCCCUACAAAACGAAGCCAAGAAUGUGUUCAAGGCGGCGCGCACGCCUGCCACGCUGUUCUGCGUGCUCAUGUUCUUCUACCUCAUGUCGGGGAUCUUCGGCCUCUUCGGCAUGUACUCCUUCGCCAAUGUGUGCAACCUGGGCAUGGGCGUGUUCCUCAUCAUGCUCACCGUCUGGGCCUACGUCAGAUACAGCGGCGAGUACCGUGACGCUGGAGUCUAUAUUGACGAACUGGCAACAUUUUUAUGGGAAAAUGUCAUACACCCUAUAUACCAAACAUACAUGGAAAAGCACUUGAAGGAGGUUGCUGAACAGGCGGCGCAACAGGCCCUCAGCAGCACCCUCGCCAAUGGGAAAGUGAAAUCCACGUGAUGCUCCACCUCUCCACCUGCCACCGCCGCCACCAUCACCUCAGCCUCACCUCGUAACACACUCAGAGUUAGAUGCUUCAAUAAUGGUACCUUCAUCACUCUUGCAUUCUUGAGACUCCAACCAUUACUUCAGACUAUCUGUUACUUCAAACUCAAAAUUUAACUGUCCACGAAUGUUCCUUUAGUCAUGUCAGUAUUCCUAAACCUCCCACUGCCUCAAUCCCUUCAGCUCACCUCUCAAAACACUCAAAAUUAGACUCCUCACUCCUGUUACUUGGGUCGUCACUCUGUACUGUAUCCGUGAAAGUCUUUUUCGGCUUUUAUAUCUGUAAGUAACGAAGAGAUAUUGUUGUUGGAAGGUUUAUCCACUUUUUUUUCAUCGUCUUUGAGGUCUGGAUGAAUGUAAUAAUGUUGUCCCUUUUGAUAUUACUCGCGAGACAAUAUCUUUUGUACUCCCUGGUCGCCCACGUCCUCUGUCUGUUUGUCUCCUUCCUUCAUGUUUGCUGUUGUCGGUGCCUCAGGUCAGUCUGUGUUGAUGGUGACGUUUUUACCUCCCAGCGUGAGUGUGAAACCUUAUUUAUGUGUUAUUUCUUGAGUUUUAUUCUUGCUAUAAGCUUUGGAGUCGCUGCCGUGCUGACAAGAGAGAUUAUUAUUACGUUUGCUUUGUGAGAUUCUGAGAGACUUAUUUUUUGUCCCUUCAAGUGCCAAAUGUGUCCUGCGGUAGUGCGACCCUUCCUUGCUUCCUUUGUAGUAGCGUCCAGUUGCCAUUCUCGCCCUAGGUGUUAGAAGAGUCUGUGAACAUUUGUCAGUGUAGGCUUUCACAGGUGUCAGAUGAAGAGGCAGUGAUGCACAAACCUUUCAGUUCAGCUUCCAAAAAAAUGUUCUCAGAGAUUCGUGCGUACCAUAUAUACUCAUGCGAAAGUUACACUCCCCCACGCCUCAUGCCCCUACCCACCAAGGCAAUGCUAUGUUAAAUUGUGGGAUAAAUUCAACCUUUUAGAGUAAUAGUAGUUAUGCAAGAGUCAACUCCCUGAAUAUGGUCUUAAAAAUAAAAACUGUUGGAAUAAUUCAAUUUUUUACAUGUCUAUAUAUGGAAAGCUCACUGUAGGGUCAAAACUUUUAAGGGUGAUCUCCCAGCUCUUAAUAAUGUCUAAGUUAUACAAUGUUAUAUUUUUUUUCUGGGCUGUGCUUGUAUGUGUUUGUAUUCAGUUUAAGUGUUUUCAUCAUUUCUUUUCCUCAUUCUUCGACAACUACAAUCUCCCCGCUAGUCAGUCGCUCCUGCUAGUGUGGCGUUGUCGUCACUCAACUUUUGAUUUGGAUGUGAAUUUUAUUUUUAUACAGCCAAUGGAAGAAUGUAGAUAGUAAGAGUAAGGUUACCUGAUGAAAGGAACACUUUACCUUGCACUCUCUGUCGAGGAAACACCUUCAGUUAUGAGUUCUGUACUAUUGUGUGUAAGUGUAGAGCGGUUUGUUUGUCAUCUCAGUAGUAGAGUUUGGUUGUAAGGAAGGAUAAUAACAGUAAUGGCCAGGGUUUAGUCACACUGUAGAUGGAAAUGCCACGAGUGCAGUGUGUUGUAGAUCAUGGGUUUCUGUUAUGAGUCUGCCCAUGUUGCCCUGCACUGCUGCCAUGUCAAGUUGCUUUGCCAACAUAAUGUUAUUUCAAUCCUUUCGGUUACUUUUCAUCGUGUCGUGACCAAGGACCUCUGUAGUGCUGAGACAAUAUUUGGUAAUGAAUGUGAAAAGGUCAUAUUUUCUAAGAGUCUUGGAUGUCAGUUGCAUAUCACAAAAAAUCAUCGAAAAUUGUUAAAAGAUAACACUUAAUCUUAUUCCCAAAGAAGUCAGUUAUAUUUCCAAAGAUAUUUAAUGCUGCUUGCUCUGAACUUGAUGUGUGGUGCUGCAAAGACUGUUCGAAUGUGCUGUAAUUUUAUCCACCUCCCUAAUCUCCAUGAUAUUUGUCUCAUCUUUGAUCCCUGAAGGUGCAGUUAUGUCUAAAUUUUAUAUGGCGCAUCACCAUUACAGGGUGAAGCUGGACUAGUUCAUUCUGAGUGCAGGGAAUGUUCUAGUGUCAGUUUAAGUUGAUGUAGAUUUUUCUGUAAAACUGUAAAUAGAUAUACUACAUGUACAUUUACUAACAAGCCAUAGAGGUCAAACUUUGAACUUGCAUGCAUUCAUGUGUGCCUGUGUAUACGUGUGUGUGUUUGCGUAUUUGAAGGGUAACUAGGAACGCUGAACACCCACUGAUGACCUCCGGGAAUGCCUGAAGACUAGAGAGUGUGUGUCCUCUGCUAGGCCUUCAAAGCAUUAGGGAAGGGUUAUGGCAUCUUGAUGGGUCAGCGCUUAUCAUAAUGGAGUAAUGCAGUACCUCACCCUCCACUCUCAAAGCUGAGCACCUGGACUUCACUUGACUGUCAGGUUGUGUGAGUUGUUAGAGCUACAUGCUGAAAUACCAGAUGGACACUUCAUAAAUAAGUUAUUUUUAAUGAUAGAGCAUCUCAAGAGCUAAUAUAUUAACAACCUUAUUGGUGUUGGGAUAGUGACACUUAAGUUUUAAUGUUUUUCAUUCUACAUCAUGAAUGUCUGGUGCAUUGUUAUCAUGUAUAUUUUUUUGCUUAGUGACAUUUACCUUGGUAGAUCAUUAACUAAAGAGUUGCCAGAUCUUGACUCCUCUGAUGAAGCAGCUCUGAUCUCUCACCCUGCUGCAUUAGUACCUCAACAUCUGCUUGCCGGAUUCUUCACCAAACCAACAAAUGAGCGUUUGAUGCCCAGCAUGUAGAUCCAUAACGGCUUUGCUGCUACUGCUUUCUGAAUGGGUGCCACAUCUUCAGUUCUCCAAAACUAUCGUCUGGCAGGCUGUACUGUUGUGGGCAGAGUCAUUGAUUGACCUCACUCUACACUCAAGGCUGAGAAGCCCUUGUCUGUGAGGCAAGUCACUCUCCUCCUCCACCAGUUCAUCCCUGACUCCCUCCUAUCUCCUCCUGCCCCAAGUGGCUUUCCUCACUGAAGGCUCUGCCAGUCCACAGCGAGUGUCGAGUGAGGGGGAUUGAGGUUCAUGCCCACAACUUUAUCACAAUCUGUCACAAGUGCCUUGCCACCUUCAGAAGGAUUGUUGACAGUAGCUUAGUACAAUAUUUAUCAUGUAUUAAACAUUCUGUUUCUCACAGACACAUUUUUUUUAUUUUUAAUGGCUCAAGUUAAUGGAUUACUGUUUUAAAAAUCUUUGUCUGUGAAUAACAGAAACUGGAUCUUUCAAGUUUUCUUUAGGGUUCUAAUAUUUGAUAUUUUUAUGUUAAUGAAGUUUACAAAGACUGAA